AGAAAGACUGUCUGUGCUGGAGAAGAUGGGUCUUGCUGUUGGAGAACUUUGCAAAGACAUCAAGGAUCGCUUUUGUCAGACUGUCAAUCUUGCCUCUGUAAGUGCUGGUAAAGGAAACAUGGCGUUGUUGGAGUUUUUAACCUGGAGAAACGUUCAGAGUAGAAAUAAUGUCCCUGAACACACUGAAGCUGCAGCAUCCAAGUGCUGAAGUGCGAGAGUAUGCCUGUGCCAGUAUUUCCAAGCUGUUGCAGCAGAAGCAGGUCAUCCCAGCCUUUCUGCAGAGGGACGUUGUGCGAUGCUUAGGGCCGUUGCUGAUGGAUCACAGUUUAGCUGUUCGUGAGACAGCUGCAGGUGCUCUUCGAAAUCUGAGUGCUUGUGGAGGAUUUGAAGUCUGUGAUGACAUGGUGACAAAAGACAUCAUGACACCCCUUGUUGCACUUCUGAAAGAGUGUAGCACUGGACUAGAUGCUAACCAGCUCUCUCCAAAGAAAGGCAGAGAGAUGAAUAAAAAUUACAUUGAAGACAUAGCCAAUGAGGCUAUUAAUUUGCUGUGGAAUGUAUGUGAAUGCAGUAAUACCGCAGUAUCCAUAUUCAAUAAAGAAGGAUGUCUGGAGGCUGUGUUACAUUACAUGAAGAAAUCUUCCACAAAUGUGGAUCUGGCUAUUUCUGUAGCAAACUGCUUGCAGGCGGUGACAGAAGAUAAUCCGGACCUUCUUUCUUCGUUUAAUGCUUCUGCACAACAAGUAUUGGAAACUGUGAUGUUAUGUCCAGAGAGCACAAUGAAGCAUAUACUUCUGAGGACACUGAUAGCAGGCACUAUCUGGAAUAUCAAGGGCAUCAUUCCACCUGGCAGCCUGGGCAGCAUGGUUAAUGCAAUCCUCAAGAUUUUUUCAGAAUCGUUAGCAAUAGAUGCUGGUGAAACAAUUAUUCGCAUGAAUAAAGCUGAAAAAAACAGGUUAAAACUUGCUGCAGAGGCAGAAACAGAGCAAAACAUGAGUGAUGUUAUAGACAACUCUGUUUUGAAUGAAGACGAUGACAUGGAAGAAACACCAAGAGGAAAAGUGAUGAGAGAAAAUGACAUUUCAGAUCUACUUCCGUCUGAGAAGUGGGAACUGAAAGAAGUGACAGCUUUACUGAUGGCUCAGCAGACUGCUUUGGAAAUCAUUGUUAAUAUGUGCUGCAAUGAAGACCCUUCCGAUGAUGAAUGGGAAGAACUCUCCAGCAGUGAUGAAAGUGACUUGUUUAUGGAAAAUUCGUACAAUGAGGGGAGUGGGCUGCUCAUGUCACCUUUGUGCCUCUCUGAUGAGGUUAAUUCUGCAUUCCUGAACAACCUCAUUCCAAAGAAGAUUCUUGAAAAAACAGCUUUUCCGAACAGUGUUGCUCUAGACAUCUGUAUGCACAAUCCGUCUUGGAAACCAUUAAUUAAAAAACUGAAUACAGUGCAGUGUAGAGCUUUAACAUGUCUUCAUAGCAUUUUAUUAGUGUCAGAUGUGGAUUGUCUUGGAGGAGCUUCAGCGCUUCAGUCCCUUGCACAGCAUCUCUCACACCUAGUCUUUUCUAAAACAGAACUCCCUACAGAUGCAGAAUUUCUGGAAGCCAUAACCAGUGCUUUGAGGGCCCUCCUACAAACAAUGGCAUCAAAGAACGUCUCCCAGUGUAUGACUCCUGAGCAGCUCUUGGCUUUAUGUGAAGCUGGUAUUCACAGCAGCAAUGCCAGUGUUAGAGUGAAUGUAGUGAGCAUCCUUGGAAUUUCUGGCAGCGUCCUAGCAAAAGGAGAAGAUACAGCAGAAACACUAAAGAUGAUUGGAAAAUUUCUUCUUGAGGUUGCUAUGAAGGAAUCUUCUCUUGUGGUAGCAGGGGAGGCCUUGGAUGCACUUUUUGAUGUAUUUGCAGAUGGUAAAGAAGCAGAAAAGGCCGCUGUACAGAUCAAGUUGCUUCCAGCACUGAAAGAAUUUCAGCCAGUGUUCAAAAUGAGGAUGCGAAAAGAAGGCAAAGGACAAUAUAGUACAGAUCAGCUGUGUGUUCUUGACAAUGUGAAGAUGAAUUUGAGAAGAUUCAUUGCAUAUCAGGAGACACUAGGGAAAACCCCAACUUGAAACAUCGAGGAACUUUAAACUAAGGUUUCCCUUAUUGAAUAAUGUUUUCCAAAAAUAUAACCGUUUUGAGCUUCUAAAAUGUAUUGAGCAGAGCGGUUUUGCUUUCAUGUUAAUGCUACAUUUUUACAUGCAGUAUUUUUAUACUUCUGGGUUGAUGCAAUGUGGAAGUCCCAUCAGCUGAAAAACACACCAUGUGCUUUGAGGUAAAGUGUUAGCAGUGAUAAGUACGUGCUUUUGCACUCCUGAGGUCUGUACGUAGCACCACUGUCAUUGUUUGGAAAUCCUCAUGCAUCCUGGUGGAAAACUUAAUUGCAGGAAAAAGUAAUUUGGAGAAUAUUCUCAGUUAUGUGUGUGUCAGAUCAAGACAAAAAAAGCUUUAAAAGCUCAAGAUAUUUUUCAGGGAAUUGAGCAGUGGCAGAGUGGUCAUAUUUGUUAUUUUCCCUUACCUUUUUCUAGAAUUGCACAGGCACUUAUGGCAAACUUCCUAAGAGAAGUGUAUGAUAAGUGUGUAGAUUACUGUCAGCACUUGAAUCUGAUACUUUAUGAGGUUUAUGGAAGAGAAAACAGAUUCAUUUAUGAUAAAUUCAUAAUGAUAGCUUUUUGCUGUGCAAGUUGGUGUAAGAGAAUCCUAUGCGUAUAUGCAGCUCCCUGGAUUCACUGGAUUUACUUUGUUGUGACUGGUAUUUCUGACAGUUGAGUUUCCUGGUGUACUUUCUUCCUUGUAAUUCUACAUCAGGAUGAAUCUGAAUUCGGGGAAGUAGUAAACCUAAUUAAAAGUAUUUUUUUAUACUGAGAUGUUACCGAAAGUAACUUUAGAAUUGCUUAAAAUAUCUUUUUCAAAUAUUUAUGAUGGAGAUUUUUAAGCUGUAAAAUACAGAAACUAUUUUCAAAAAUGUUACUGAUUCAUGAAGAUUGUAUAUGAACUUCCAUGUGUCAAAAGCUUUGCGUUUGUUUCUGUGGAUGAGAUCCCCUCAUACACUUGUUUUUUUGUUUAAGGAAAAUACCCCACAACCAAACACAAAAGCAUUUUGUUAUGCUGGUUUUUGAAACAGGAGGUUUUUCACCUCAUUCUUUUAACGUGCUGCCUUAGGGCAGGCAUCUAGAUUUUGGCAAAAUCUUGCCUGUGGUGUUAGGCACAGAACUACAGCGGUGCUUGGUGUGUCAAAUUUCAGUGUCUUAGACUGGAAAGCAGGCUCAGGAACUGACCAGGUAACUUGCAAAUGAGCGACUUCUCAAAAUUCUGACAUAUGGUACCUUGUCAAAGACAAAGUGAAAAAUGAGUUUAAGCAGCUAAUACUGCCUGGAAGUCCCGAUACUGCUAUUACUUUGCAGGAGUUGGAUGAAACGUGUGAUGUGAUGCCUGCUAGUCAAAUGUGUGGGAAUGGGAGAUUAGGAGAGCUCAUAGCCAUUGAGCCUGACCUGGAGAAGUCCUGAGGAACACAUAGCUAUUGAAAGGUUAUCCUGAGAUUUGGCAGGGGCAGGCAGCAAAGAGGACUGGAGUGUGACAGCUGAGGAAGGAGUAGCUGGGUAGAUUAUGGCAUAAGACUGCACAGGGUAUGGAUUUUAAUCCUAGUGUUAGUUAUACUUGCAGUACACUGAGGAGAAGAUAUUAUGUUAUCAGCCUAAUAAAGUACUAAUAUUUGUUUAGAGCAAUUUCAUGCAGAAAGUUCUGCUCUCAUUUUCUGAGUGCUACAUUGAAUUGCAUGAAGGUUGGAAGGGAUUCCUGGAGGUCUUAGUCCUGUCCUCCGCUCAAGGCAGGACUUAAUUUAGAGUCAGACUGGAGAUGCUCAAGGCCUAUCACAACGUAAGAUGUAAGUCCCACAACUCUGGACAGCCUUCUCCACUGCUUGACUGCCAUCGCUGUGAAUGCUUUCUCCUUUUCUUUUUCCCCUUGUACCUAGCAGGUCUCCUCCCUGCUGCAAUGUGUGCCCCUUUCCUUUGAUUGCACACCACCAAGGAGAGUCUGUAUUCAUCUCCUCUUACAGCCCCUAUUUGGCAGCUGAAAACAAUUAUAUUCCCCUCUUCUCUAAGCCAAAUAAACCCAUCUCCAUAUCAUGUGCUCUAGCCUUGUAACCAUCUUGGUGGCCUUCUGCCUGACCUGCCCUACCAAUGUCUUGUAUUGAGGGGCCCAAAACUAAACAUAGUCCUCCAGAUGUGAUCUCAUGAGUGCUGAACAGAGGGAAGAAAUCAGUUUUCUUGACCUGCUGACCAUGCUUCUUCCAAUGCAGCCCGUUCUUUGUUAGCUGGCAUCACUGCAAGGGUGCACUGCUGACCUGUCUUCAACUUACUGUUCACCAGGACUCGUAGGUCCUCUCCAGAGCUCUUCUUUAAUCAUUCAGCCAAGAGCCUGCUGUUUCAUGAGAUGACUCUGGCCCAAGUAUAGAACUCUGAAUUUUGUAUCAAGUGUAGCAGUCAGAAUCUGGUUCCUGGAGAAUGUUAGAGUAAUUAAAUACGUUACUUUUUGCAUUAGAGUGAGGGGUUUUUAGGUUACUAAUGAGAAGAAACAUUUAAUCUUCAAAUAUUAAUCUGAAAGUUGCAGAUAAAUAUACAGAAGAAAUGGCAACCACUAGAAAAAGUGGUUUUCUUAAUAUAAUCUAUUGGAUCCUGGUUUUUCAGGUCAAGUGGACAGACUGUUGUUUAGAUAUUAAACUAUUCCAGCAGUAGGAAUGCAUGGAUUUUUUUUUCCAUGUACUAAUCAACUGACUGUCUUGCAACAAAUAAUUUGGGCCAUAAUAAGAUAGGUGCAUAGUAUGAACCAUAUCGCUUGCAGAAGUAUAUGGGUUUUAUUGCUUGAAGUUUUUGUUUCUGUCUUCUGGCAGACGUGUCAUUUCUAGCUACUGGCUGAGAGAGAAAUGAGAACAUGUGAAGGCAUUUUGGUUUCUUGUGACUUUGUACUAAAACCUUAAGACUAAAAUAAUACCUUCACCUUUGUUUUGUCUGAGGAGAGCAGAGCAUUUCAGUGGGUCUGUUUGGCAGGAAAUGCUGACAAGCUGGCAGCUCUGUUUCCAGCUCACUGGGUCUAUUUGGGUUGGCAGAGAGGUAAGCUGUAGCUCUUAGGAGGUGUUUUUGUUGUUUUGUUAACUUCAUUGAUGACACUUUUAGACAUAAUUUCCAACAUCCCAUAUUGUAAGAUCUUUGCCAAAGUCUAUUGCUCUUACCAGAGGCCCACAGUGAAAUGGAGCCCUCCUCUCCCUUUGUGGUUUCUAUGAUAUUAUAAUUAUCUAAUAAUAAUUAGCCAACUGCAUAUUUUGAAGUGUGCACUUCAGUUUCUUGUAAUGAGAAAAUUGUACGCUGUCACCUGCCUAGAUCCCAGUUUAGUAGUAACUUGCUCUUGGUGUGUAAUCAUAGAAUAACAGAAUCUUAAGGGUUGGAAGGGAUCUCGAAAGAUCAUCCAGUCCAACCUCCCUGCCAGAGCAGGACCACCUAGAGUAAGUCACAGGAACUCAUCCAGGUGGGUUUGGAAUGUCUCGAGAGAAGGAGACUCAACAAUGCAUCUGGGCAGCCUGUUCCAUUGUUCCCUCACCUGAACAGUGAAAAAAUUCUUCCUUGUAUUUCUUUGGAACCUCUUGUGUUCCAGUUUAUACCCAUUGACCCUUGUUCUAUCAUUGGCCAUCCUUGAGAAGAGCCUGGCUCCAGCCUCCUGACUCCCACCCUGUAGAUAUUUGUAAACAUUAAUGGAGGACGUGGAACUGAAUUGAGAGGUAAUGAUUUUCUGUGUUAUUUUAGAAAGCACAUUCUGCUUGUAAGAGACAUAAGAGAAGAUAAUACAAAAAGCAUUGAAGAAUUUUGAAGAGUUUUGUCAAUGGAAGACAAAGCGAGUUGUCACUGAUUAAAGAAGUGUCAGAUUGGGGCCUAAAACCCAGUACAGAAGAUCUAAGCUGUAAGAUUGGAUCUAGAAAAGUUGUUCUGACACACGGAAAAGUAAGAAGAAAUUAUAAUGUGGUGCAAAUUAAAUGUUUUGGGAAGUUUUCUGGUACUGGUGUGUUUAAAUAGGUUUAGAGUAAACUUGAGACGAAGACAAGAUCCUUGACAGCCUACAAAGGCAAAGUCAGAUCUUGAAGAUACUUUGAGGGUUGCAGAAAUUGAACUGAUCUAAGGCAGUGUGCAGCAUAAGUAAAUAAAUGCUAAAUAGGUGUAAGUGAUCUUUAUCAGUUCAUGUAAUCACACAGGCUGGUAUCAGAAAAGGUAUCUGAAGUGGAAUUUAUUUGCUUAUCCUGGUCCUUAAGGCAUCACCUGUCUGUGCUUCAAUUAAAACCUGCAGUCCUUUACACAUAAGGAUUGCUGCUUUGUUUCCCUGACUGACACCUAGCACAGCAGACUCUGGCUCCGAGUUGAGAGUUUGCUCCAAAAUAGGUGUUGAAUUCUAGUUGUCUGUGGUAGAGAGAGCUGUAGGCUCCCUGCUCUGUUCAAAAGCAGUAGGAGCAGUGGUGUUUGCUGCUGCUUUGGCCUCUCUGCAGCCUGCAAAAUGUUGAAUCCCCAACCGCGUAGACAGGAGUUACCCUUGCUGUGUGGUUUUGUUUUUGCUUUCCAUGAAAAGAAAUGAGUGGCGAGAUUUAAAUAAGCAUUUGUUGUGAAGUACUUCUUAUACGUCAUGCCUUGACAUUCAGAAGAUGGCUGUGUGCCACGUUAUAGUCAGUAGCUUAACUAUUUGGGGUUUGUGGUGUGUGGGGAAGGGUUUUUUUCCAUGUUGUGUUUGGGUUUUUUUAAAGAUUGUCAUCUUUGAAGAACAAGAGUAACUGUAACCAGAACUGCUUCACUUGGGUUUAUGUUUGUAUUUUGAGAGAAAAUAUAAAAAGAACACGGGAAAAUGAAAAAAUGCUGGAAAACAAAUGAAUUUAAAAUGUUUGUAGUUUAAUGAAAA